AUGACGCAAACAAGGAGCCAUGGAGGCCACAGCCACGGUCACGGUCACGGCCACCACCAUCACCACGACAAUGUGUACCUGACUUCCACCAACAAACGGGACGCUGGCGUUCGCAUUACUCGAAUUGGCCUCCUCGCCAACCUAUGCAUGGCCAUUGGCAAGUUUAUUGGUGGCUAUGUCUUCCAUUCACAGGCUCUGAUCGCCGACGCCUACCACGCGCUCACCGACCUCGUCUCCGAUUUCUUGACACUCGGCACCGUCGCAUGGUCCAUUAAGCCUCCGAGCGAACGAUUCCCCAACGGAUACGGCAAAGUAGAGAGCAUCGGUGCUCUCGGUGUGAGCGGGCUUCUGCUCUGCGGUGGAGUGUUUAUGGGUCUCAAUGCCGGACAGGUCCUGCUAGCUCAGUUUUAUCCCGACGCGGCUGAAACACUGGCACACUCUGGUAUUCUGGGACAUGGUCAUUCCCACAGCCAUGGAAUGGACGCUAUGGGGCCAAGCAUCCACGCGGCCUGGUUGGCAGCCGGCUCUAUUGUUGUUAAGGAGUGGCUCUACCAUGCGACUAUGAAAGUUGCCGAGGAGCGCAAAUCGUCCGUCCUAGCUUCAAACGCCGUCCACCAUCGGAUCGACUCUCUGACGAGCAUUGUCGCUCUAUUUACAAUUGGUGGAAGUUAUGUAUUCCAAGACGCCACUUGGCUGGAUCCGGUCGGCGGACUCUUGAUCUCCCUGAUGGUUAUCAAGGCUGGCUGGGGUAACACUAUCACCUCCCUAUUGGAGCUCGCCGACACCACUGUGGACGAGGAAAUCCGGACUAAAGUCGAAGAGGCCGCCGGCAAAGCCUUGAAGGCCCUCGAGAACGGCGGACAGGUGGCCAUUCGCGAUGUCCAGGGUAUGAAGUCCGGACAAAACUUUUUGAUGGAAAUUGAGCUGGCCGUGCCUGGGUCCUGGUCAAUCAUGCAGUCCCGGGCCGUGGAAGAGGCCGUCCGCAAGACUGUUGGUGAUGGCGUUCGCGGUGUGAAGCGUCUCAAGUUCCGAUUUAUCCCUGUAGAGCUGAAGGAGCUUACUUUCUCCGAAGAGUUCAUCUUACAAGACACCGACGCGAGCCCCGAGCUCCAUGAUCACGAGGCUAACGGCGCCGCUUCUGGAUCCCAUAUUCACGAGGAGCUUGACUCUCGGAAGAGGCGGUAG